GGCGUCAGGCGGAGACACAUAGCACCAUGAAGUACUUGGUUGUUUUGGUAGUAUCGCUGGCUGUGGUGGCCUUUGCCGCGGAGGAGAAAGGCGCACCAAAGAAGGCCGAAGACAACAAAAAGCAGGACAAGAGAGGAAUCCACGACUUUGGCUCCUACGGCGGCGGUUACUCGUACGGAGGCGGCGAUGAGGGACAUAGCUUCGGCGGGUCUGAGGGAUACAGCCUAGGAGGCAGCGAGGGCGGUCACAGCUUCGGCGGCUCUGAAGGAGGUCAUGGCUUCGGCGGUUCUGAAGGAGGUCAUAGCUUCGGAGGCUCCGAAGGACACAGUUAUGGUAGCGGAGGCCUGAGCCUCGGAAGUCACGACUUCGGAGGAUACUCCGGUGGCGACUGGAAACCCAUCAGCGGUGGAGAUGACCACCACCAUCAUCACGAACACGUUAAACACGUCGAAGUCAUCAAGAAGGUCCCCGUCCCCUACACCGUCGAGAAACAUGUACCUUACACCGUUGAAAAGAAAGUGCCUUAUGAAGUCAAAGUGCCCGUACCCCAGCCCUACACUGUGGAGAAGAAAGUUCCCUUCACCGUCAAGGAGUACGUCAAAUACCCCGUGUAUGUGCCAGAGCCUUACACUGUAGAGAAGAAAGUACCUUAUGAAGUCAAGGUCCCAGUCGACAAGCCUUACGAAGUCAAAGUCAAAGUGCCCACUCCUUACACUGUCGAGAAGAAAGUGCCCUAUGAAGUCAAGGUACCUGUACCCCAGCCCUACACUGUCGAAAAGAAGGUACCUUACCCAGUAAAGUACGAGGUUAAAGUGCCCCAGCCUUACGAAGUCAUCAAGAAAGUGCCUUAUGAAGUCAAAGUGCCCGUCGACAAGCCUUACAACGUGUACGUGCCCAAACCCUACCCCGUUCCAGUCGAGAAGCCUUACCCAGUAACUGUACACAAGCCAGUGCCUUAUGAAGUCAAGGUCCCAGUUGACAAGCCCUACAAGGUUGAGGUUGAGAAACCCUACCCCGUCCCAGUUAAAGUGCUGGUACCCAAGCCUUACGACGUGUACAAGAAGUUCCCAUACACCGUUGAGAAGAAGGUGCCUUAUGAAGUAAAGGUCCCCAUCGACAAGCCUUACCCAGUCUACAAGGAAGUGCCAGUACCCCUUGUCAAAGAGGUCCCCUACCCCGUCAAGGUCCACGAACCCAUCUACCUUAAGAAGGAGGAGGAACACCACCACCACGGCUGGCACUGAGCCAAAUUAGUUCCUUAAUUCUCACACCAGUACCUUAUAGGCUAAGUAAAAAGUUGUGAUCUUUUAGUAUUCGUAGUGUAUAUAUUUUGCAAAUUCGUCAGUUUUGGUGCUCGCUCACGUUCGUAAGGUUGUGAUUCUCGGGUUUUGAGAUACCAUUCCUGUGUCGUGUGAAGUCUUUCAGGACUCCUUAAAAUUGUCCGCAUAGCAUUGGGAUCAAUGCGCGGCGUCUUGUAGAUAAUUAUGUUCUGUUAUUAUUUGUUUAGCUUUUGAAUGCUUUGUUUUUAUAUAUGUAACUGUAUCAGAGCGAAAAUAUAGCUCUGAUUUG